UUAGUAUUGGCUUGGUAGAGUAAGGCUUCCUGGAACCUGCAGUCCCUCAUCCUGUAGAUACAGUGUAGAUGAAAUAAUCCGCCGCUUCUCCUUCCAUACAAGAAGGCAGAGAGACUGUGACGGCUCCCGCAGGGGAAUGCUGAUCACAGCCAGGAGAGACCGGAUCGUGUGUCUGUUGCUUCUGAUUCAAAUGUUGGUUCCCCCCUAAAAAAGGGGGAGAGAAGGAAAAGCCAUCGAGCAGUCAGACCUGGGCAUUUUGAAUUUCAACUCAGCAAAUUAAGAACUCGGUAGAGAAGUUUAUUCACUACCCCAUUCUUCGAAGUGUGCUUGCUUUGUGGACCUGCUAUGGAGCGAGUUACUGCUCUCGGUAGCUGCGUAUCAGCAACAUUCUGCCUUCUCCUCCUAAACGCAGCGAUUCGCCCAAGCCUUCAAAUGUCUGACGAAGCCAAGAACAACAUUACAAUCUUCACUAGAAUCCUCGACAGUCUUCUGGAUGGAUAUGAUAACCGUCUGAGACCAGGCUUGGGAGAGCGCAUAACACAAGUCAAGACGGAUAUCUACGUAACGAGUUUUGGACCCGUCUCAGACACAGACAUGGAAUACACAAUAGACGUGUUCUUUCGUCAGAGCUGGGAAGACGAAAGGUUGAAAUUCAAAGGGCCCAUGACUAUUCUACGUUUAAAUAAUUUAAUGGCCAGUAGAAUAUGGACCCCGGACACUUUUUUUCACAAUGGGAAAAAGUCAGUGGCACAUAACAUGACCAUGCCCAAUAAACUACUGAGGAUAACUGAAGAUGGAACGCUUUUGUACACAAUGAGGUUGACUGUGCGUGCUGAGUGUCCUAUGCAUUUGGAAGAUUUCCCAAUGGAUGCUCAUGCAUGCCCUUUAAAAUUUGGCAGUUAUGCAUACACAAUAUCGGAGGUUGUGUACACAUGGACACAUGGAGCAUCCCAGUCAGUAGUUGUGGCUGAAGAUGGUUCUCGACUAAAUCAAUAUGACUUAAUGGGACAAAGUGUGGGAAAAGUCAUUAUUAAAUCCAGUACAGGUGAAUAUGUGGUUAUGACUGCUCACUUUCACUUGAAGAGAAAAAUCGGUUACUUCGUAAUUCAGACUUACUUACCAUGUAUUAUGACAGUCAUUCUCUCACAAGUGUCAUUCUGGUUAAAUAGGGAAUCUGUCCCUGCAAGAACAGUCUUUGGAGUCACAACAGUAUUGACAAUGACAACUUUAAGUAUCAGUGCCAGGAACUCACUCCCAAAAGUUGCAUAUGCAACCGCUAUGGAUUGGUUCAUUGCCGUUUGUUAUGCUUUUGUGUUUUCUGCACUUAUUGAAUUUGCCACAGUGAAUUACUUCACAAAGAGGAGCUGGGCAUGGGAUGGAAAAAGCUUAGUUCCCGAAAAGAAAAAGGAGAGAGAAAGAGAGGCUCUUCUGAAGAAAAACAAUACCUACACAGCAACAUCAGCGAACUUUGCCCCAAAUAUUGCAAAGGACGCAGGUCUGGCGACUAUUGCAAAGAGUGCUGGUGCAGAAUCCAAAGAGCCCAAACCAGAACAAAAGCCUCCAGAGCCUAAGAAGACCUUCAACAGUGUCAGUAAAAUUGAUAGACUAGCCAGAAUAGCAUUUCCAUUAAUGUUUGGGAUUUUCAAUCUGGUUUAUUGGGCUACUUACUUGAAUAGAGAGCCAGUUAUCAAAGGUGAUGAUGAACAUAACUAGAAAAUGUUAAAAGAACAGUUCCUCAAUAGUAAUAGUAUUUUAUUUACUGGGUAAUUCUGUGGAAGUUCUAACAGAUUCGAUAUCCCUAUUCAAUUUGAUGCAUACACUGUUUUCCAUUUGCCUCUUUCUUAAACAAAAUCCUCAUAUUUUUCUGAUAACAUCAGAAAGAAGGAAACACUCAAACUCUCUCUAUGAAUAUAUAAAACAUUAUUAUAUUGACAGUAAGACAGGUCUAGUUCUGUGUCACAGCUGACAUACUGAAUUAUUAUUGAUUUGCUUUUCUCAUUUUAUAAGGAUUUUCUUUUGAUAGCAUGUCCAUGAACAGAAGAAACCUCAUUUUAAACAUUCUCACAACAGGGUCAAUGUGAAAUUUAAAAUGGUCUUAAAAAUUUCUGGGACAUGACCAGGAAUGUUUUGUUUCUAAAUUUAGGUAAGAUUGUGUUUGGCAUUUCUGGAUGCUGCAGACUUCGUGGACUAUUUUGUUUACUUUCAUUCUCAUUCUAAAUUAUAUUUAGAAGAAAGAAAUUUCACAUAUUGAAUAUAUAAUACAAAGACUGGAUAUGUUUUUCCAAUAUUUUCUUUCAAGUUAUAUGGAAAAGCUGUCUGUAAUUAUGAGCAAAACAUGAUUUUAAGUUCAAUUAGUUGACAUGCACUAAGAGUGGACAAGUUUUGCUCUAGGAUGACAAUAGCCCAAUAGGGCCAAUGGCCCAAAUAACUAAUUACUGAAUGGCAAGUAAGGGGUGUGGUGUCAGCUAGUAUAUAGUUAUUUCUUGCCUGCAUAAGUGAAGUGCACUUUUCAAAAAGGUUUAUAAAGUACCCCAGUUCCACUUGUUGUAAUAAAUCAAAAGUAAACAUUGUAAUAUUUUCUAGGCUUAAAUGAAAAGAUAAUUUAAACUAUAAUAUUUACAAAUCUUAUAUAGUUAAGUGAUAUCUGUAUGUGAUACCCCAAGCAGGUACCUGUAAUUUCAAGUUUCAGAAAUACCAAUAAAGUAGGUUAUUCCAUUUAUUUGAACUGAGGAAAGUUAGCAGUGAAGAUCAUUGUACUUAGGUUCUAUCAUUAAGCAUGUACUGGAAAGGGUGAAAUAUAUAUGCUGGACUUCUUUUGGAAAAACUCAAGAGUUCACAAGAUAAACAUAUUUUGACUGCAGUUUAAUGACUGUGACAAUGUUAUUUUCAUAUCUUGAUUUUCUCCCUCAUUUAUUUACUAAGCUACAGGACAGUUUAAUGGAAACACUAUUGCACUCCAAGUGCUCUUCCUACUCAGGCUAUACAAUGUUUGCCUGCACAAGCCCAAUCUUGUUGGCAUUUAAAUGAAAUGAUUUCUAAUAUCAAGGUGACAGUGUGCUUCUUUUGUUCAUGUUCCUUUCUAAGAAGAGGAUCAUGCCAUUUUACCCAUUGGAACUAUUUACAAUAGAUGACAUAUAAUGCACAGCUCUUUGUAAUGACCUUAAUCAUAGUGAAACUGUAGCAAUGCUUAGCAUCAGGGCACACUAAAUCCUCUGUCAGAUAUUUUAAGAGUUGCUGCUUGGAACAUACAGCUGUUACAGUUAUACAGCAGUGUGUACUGGACUCCCACUAAAGUUUUGUUUCAACUGCUGUGGGUGAGCCAAAUGGUGCAGAACAGGUGCAACUUUCACUCAAUUACAGAAGAGUGCAAAUCAUAUUCUGGACAAUGGGAUCUGUUAAACAUUGCGAGGAAGACCAUCAAAUUUAAGAAACACCAAAUAGUCAUACCUUCUAAGUAAUAGCAGUCUGCCCAUGCUUGAUCGAGAAGAAGCAUUAAAAUUAAACCUUGAUAUAUUGAAAAUAUGUAUAUAUAUUCUUUCUGGACUCAGCGGAUUGAAUGACAAUAUGAGGUGAUAUUAUUCUUUCUAGAAUUAGACUUUUACUGAGAUUGAACUUUGUACAAAUUAUAACCUUCUUCUCUUGCGCAAAUGGAAGAGAAAAUUGCGAUCAAAUAAAACCAUUAUAUUUAAGUUAGUAUUUGAUCACUGGGGAAGGAAAAGGGUUGUCAGCAUUGUGUGCCAAGAAUAAGGAACAAGUUUUGGGUGGGAUCUUGCCCCGUUGUAUCUCUAUUCCCAUUGGGCAGAUCUUCUAAAGGUCUGCUGACAACUACUGCUGGUACUUUCAGCCAUCUCUAAUCUGAGGUUUUUUAUAUGGGAAGUCAUCUGCUAUGUGACAAUCUUCUAACUCAACACUGCACUGUUCACUUGGGAAUCUUGCUGGCAGUGGAACUUCCCUUAGAGCUCAGUUGGCCAGCAAUAUCUCCAGUCUUUGCAUUAGCAGAUGACCCUUACAGCUGGUGACCUAGGAAGCACUGACAAUGAGAGACAGCACCUGGACUGCUGCAUGGCAGAAGACAAAUCUAUUCUUUUGUGUUGCUACCAAUGUUGUAGCUUCUUCAACUAACUGGAUCUCAAGAUUCUCCCCGGCAUACCUGGUCUCCAGUUUUUCCCCAGGCUUUUCUCCUGGGUUCCACAUUGGCUAGGGCUAUGCUUUGAUCAAUCAGCAGGCAGGCAUGACAUUGGGUAAGCUCUGCUGCCCAAGAUGAUGAUCUGGCCCUAAUAUCAGGAAGGGACUGAGAAUAAAGUAAAGCAAGUUGAUAACUGAAGCAUGAACAGGAGAACAUGAAUAAUUACAGGUAUAUGUUGGCAAUUAAGGUUUGCAUCCCAGGUUGAUAAGGCUGCAGUAAUAAUAAUAAUAAUAAAGGAGCUUAAGUCCUUCUCCUCUGGCCUGUCACCAGAACUUCGAUUCACACAAAUAAUCCUGGUAAUGGCAUGGUGCAGGGCUUCUACUUGUUUACAUCACUGGGUGGUCCUUUUAAGAUGUUUGGGUUGGCCUGAGAGUUCCUGGCUCCAUUCCCCAGCCUCUUUGUUGGCUAUUGGGGAAAAUUGGUAUUGUGAACCAAAAUCAUAUAGGACAGUCUAGUUUCCUGUUUGUUAAGGGAAAUCCUGUACAAUACAGGAUUGUUGGUAGCUCUAUAAAGGAAGAUGUUUGCAGUUAAGUUACAGUAGAGCAUUGCGUUGAUCAGUUAUUAAAUUAUGUUUUUACCAUUAACCACAAUAGCUGUAUGACAGCACAAUCUUAUUUGUUAAAUUGCUGGUGAGGAUUGAGGAAAGUUGUUAUUGGUUAGGACAUAGUUAUUCAGAUUUAAAAAGAAACUGCAGAAAAUUUGCUUCUUUAUCUCUGCAGCCAGUUUCUGCUUUUUGAUCCAUUUUUAUGACUUAUUUGUUUAACCUGUGAAUCUCACAUUGGAAAUCCUGUUAAAUUACAAAUGUGUUUGUCAGAAAUAAGUUUUAAAAUCAUCCAUAUUGGAUCCCCAUUCACCAACUAGUACUAAAAGAAUUCAGUACAUUUAAAAAUAUCUAUAUAUUUUAAUUUGGCUUGAUAAAUUUAUCCCUGUUUUAGCAUCUAAACAAGAGAAUAUAAUUAAUUUCCAAUUCCAGUAACUAGAUUGAUUCAUUUUAGAGAAAUCAUUCAACCAAAAACAUUGGUCUUGUGCAGUUUGAGAAAAGAGAGCUUUUUUUUUGUAAAGACCAAAUAAUAAAAGCUAUCAAUAAGUAAAAGGCACAAAUAACAGCUAUUAUGUACUGUAUGCAUUGAUAUUAUAGUGACUUUUAUUAAUCAGACUAUAAGCUAACUCUGAUUUCACCCUGUCAGGUUAAAGUGAAUAAAGAAGAAAUAUGUUCCACUAAAUUGCCUCAACAUUUCUAAAUGAUCCAAAGAAACUUUUUAUACUUAUUGGUAUUCCUGACCUUUUGACACUGCUGCUCAGAGAAAGCCUAGGAAAACACAAUUUUGUGCAAACCUCACCUUGUGGUAACCUUCAGUGGAAGCAUAAGGCAAUGGCAAACAGUCCAACAAAAUGAUGGGAAAAAAGCAGAGGUUUACAGUUCUAUUUUGGAGAGAUCUGCAUAAAAUGCCAGUCUUCCAGGCUAUCUUUAACCAGUAAUAAUAAAGCUGAAAAGCACCAAUGGAUCUAAAGGCAUUUCUUUUUAUGUCAUUUAAAUAAAUUAGUGCAAUUUGGUAAAAUAUUUGUUCCCUUUAAUUAAUUCCAGUAUUUUAUCCAAGUAUUGAUUUACAAACAGUGUAUCAAUGUAGUUAAAAAGCAGUGUUGAAGGAGGACUUAGAAGUAUAACAGUGUUAUCUUAACAAAAUCAAGCUGACAAAAUCCCUCAUCUUCAUAACUGCCUUGUAUUUUAGCAAUAUUGCUGUAAGAAAAAUAUACUUCAAAUGUAAGGGCUUCUAGUAUCUGUGGAAAUAUAACUUUAAAUAACUUGUGUAGAUAAAAACUGUAUAGAGUUUUAUUUUUGGGGGGCUCCCCCAUCUUCAUAAAAGCUUCUUUGCUGUCUAUCUUUCAAGCUUUUAUUUAUAGACAGUCUUAUCUGAAAAGAAUUCUAUUGUUUUUGAUCCACUGCUUACAUAAAUGUUACUGCCCUAUGUCUUCAUGCGUUUUUUGCACAUUGUUGUGAUAACUAAUGAAAUUAGUCAGCUUUUUUUGCUAUGCAAUAACUGCUUUGUAUCACUUCUUGGUUCUCAAUUUAUAGAUGUAAAUGUGAAUUGAUAAAUAAUGUAUAGAGUAAAAUACACUUUACCAAAUUGAAGUAUCCUAACUGAGCUUUUUAUAAAGAGCUUUGCUAAGUCAGUUAUUAAGGGGUUUUGUCAAAUUAUAAACAAAAUCCAACCUUUAAAGUUGAAUUUAACAUAGAUUGUCAGGAGAGGGAGGAGCUGACAGAGUUAAAGGUUUUGGAACCAUGCACUUAAUUUAUAUUUAAUGUAGUAAACACUGGCUUUUGUCUGCUUUAAAUUGCAGUUUGUCUCAUUAUAGAUCAUUUAUCAGAUUUCUAAAAGAAUGUCUUUGGGUGGUAGGCAAGGGGCAAAGGAGACAUUGUAAAUUCAAGUUUGUUAAAGAUUGGAUUUUUUUCCAAUAAAAUAAUUGGACAGAACCCCCCCAUUUUCUGAAAUCAGUUUGUCUUCCUUGUUGGUUACAAUACACAUUAUUGGAAGGCUGCUAAUUACUGUGGGAGUGAUAGCAAGUACUAAGCUAAGGUGUCAAAUGAUAUUUGCACAUUUGUCUAAUGAUGAGAGAUUAUAAUGUACCCAGAUGCAAUAAAUCAAAUUAAAGAUGUGGUAUUCCUCUAGGACCUACUUAGGCUUCAUUUAGGAUUACUAUGACCUGUUCUUGUUUUUAAAUAAAUCUUUUUCUCUAACUAUAUAAAUUUACUUGAAAUUUGCUGUACCUGAACAUACUACUCUCACAGCUACUGUAACUAUUUGUCUAUAAUUUAUACCAAAAAUAUCUUUUAAAAGGUUUUGAAAGAAGAUGUGAUAUAUAAACAUACAAAAAAAGACAGAAAAAGAACAACUAGUCCAUCAAGUCUGUCACAUGCAAACUGGAAGGACGUACCAGUGACUGCAUGCUAUUUAUUACAGUUUUAUAGUUGCCUUGUUUGGUCUGAAGGAGAAUACUGCAACUUUAAAUUUCGGGAAAGAUUGUAUUGGGGUUUGAUGAGAAGAUAUUUUAUUGGAUUAUAGAGUUUAUCACGAGUUCUUGAAUAUAUUUCAGUCUCUUAUAGUUGCUACUGAACUAGUUGAUGAUAAUAAACCUAAAUUAUUGGUCAAUUUGUGUGUCAUUCUGUCUGCAGCAUCACUUUUGAGACACUCUGAGUGGAAUUUGUUACUAUGUUUUCUUUAGUCAUUGAGGGUUCAUGAGAAUCAAAUUGAUAACCA